UCAAUGAUUAUAUGCAAAGGAUUUAAUUGUAAAAUUAAUAUCCACAAGAUGAGAGAACUUUUGAAACAAGCGCAAAUGGAAUUCCAAUGUUUGAUCAAAGAAAAUGACGCUGUUAUUUUUAAAAAAUAUAUUGAAGAAGGUAAAAAGAUGACUAUUGCUUAUACAGUUUCUAUGUAUUUCGUAGCAUUAACAUAUAUAAUAUUACCAUUAACACCUAAAAUUCUUGACAUAAUUAUUCCUCUGAACGAAACACGUCCGAUAAAAUUCAUAUUUUAUACAGAAUAUAAUGUCGACGAAAAAAAAUAUUUUUGGUAUAUUCUGAUGCACGGAUAUGCCGUUUCCGUUGCAAGUAUCUCAAUUUUGAUAGCGACUGAUACAUUAAUCGUACGUUAUGUGCAACACGCUGUUGCAGUCUUUAACGUUAUUGGGUACCGAUUACAAAAUCUUAAGAAAUAUGUUAAAAAGGAUAACGAAAGUAAUAAAAAUAUUUCAAUCAAUGAUAAUAUUCAUUGUCACAUCAUUAAUUGUAUGAAACAACAUCAAAAAAUAUUACAAUUUACAGAUCUUCUUGAAUCUGCUUAUAGUUUUCAAAUAUUCUUUGAAAUUUUCAUUAAUAUGCUAUUAAUGAGUAUUACUGGAGUACAGACUGUUAUGAAAUUAGGAGAACCGGACGAAGUCAUUAGAUUAGGUUUUUUCUGCAUAGGUCAGACACUUCAUUUGUACUUCGUAAAUAUUCCAGGACAAAAAUUAAUUGAUCACAGUGUUCUUUUAACUAAUUCUGCUUAUUUUGGAGAAUGGUACGACGUACCACCAAAAUCAAGAAAAUUGUUAUCGAUGAUUAUACUGAGAAGUUCAAAACCUUGCAAAUUAACAGGUGGAAAAGUUUUGGUAUUAUCGAUCGAAAAAUUUAAAAACGUACUCCGAGCAUCUAUAUCAUAUUUUACAGUACUUGCUUCAUUGAAAAAAUAAUCUAAUAUUGAUGGGUAACUUCAUCACUAUCGUUAAUACAAAAAUUCUCAUUGGA